CUCUUCUUCCACCGCCUCUCGCUUUUGCACCGUUCCUUUUCCCCAAAACCCGAAAACCCUAAUCCCCCAUUCGCCACAUCUCCUCUCUUCUUGGAGACAAAGUCGACGACGACGACGAAGAAGAAGAAGAAGAAGAAUCCAUUAUCGAAUUCUCUUACCUCCGCUAUAUAAAAAGAGCGAUUCUUGUCCACACCCUUUUUUCCUAGUUUUUGAGCUAUUUUUGAGCGAUUUGGGAGGGGAUUGGGGAGAUAUUUGGGGCUGUGCGAUGUCGGAGAAGUUCUCCCCGGCGCUCCGCCUCGGCGAUCUCAACGACUUCAUCGCGCCGUCGCAGGAUUGCAUCGUCUCGCUCAAGGCGAUCAAAUCGAAGCACGAGAGGGUUGAGAACAAAGAAAGAGAGAAACCUAGCAGCCAGCAAUCACAAGAGGAAGCUGUUAAGAUUUCACUUAAGGACUGCUUGGCAUGCAGUGGUUGCGUAACUUCAGCGGAAACUGUGAUGCUCGAGAAGCAAAGUUUGAAUGAGUUUAUCUCCCAUGUUAAUUCAGACAAGGCUGUUAUUGUCUCCAUAUCUCCCCAGUCGAGAGCCUCGUUAGCUUCAUACUUUGAUCUAUCUCCAUCGCAGGUAUUCAGGAAGCUUACUACUCUGUUGAAGUCGAUGGGAGUGAAGGCUGUUUAUGAUACAAGUUGUAGUCGAGAUCUUUCCCUUAUUGAAUCAUGUAAUGAAUUCAUUUCACGUUACAAGCAGCAUCAGCUAUCUGGUGGCAAAGAAUGCGGAUCAAGCCUUCCUAUUCUUUCAUCUGCAUGCCCUGGUUGGAUAUGCUAUGCUGAAAAGACACUUGGAUCAUAUAUCUUACCCAAUAUUUCCUCUGUAAAGAGUCCUCAACAAGCUAUUGGGUCCGCUAUCAAGCACCACACAGCUCAAAAACUUGGUCUCAAGCCAGAGGAUAUCUAUCAUGUUACUGUAAUGCCCUGUUACGAUAAAAAGCUAGAAGCUGCCAGGGAUGAUUUUAUUUUCACAUUGGAAAAUACAGAAAAUGGCGAUGAAAAUCCAGGUUUGAAAAUUGUGGAGGUAGACUCAGUUUUAACAACUGGGGAAGUGCUAGAUUUAAUACAGUCCAAGUCUAUGGAUUUCAAGGCCUUGGAGGAAGCUCCACUUGACAGACUGUUGACGAAUGUCAAUGAAGAAGGGUAUCUUUAUGGGGUUACUGGUGGUUCUGGAGGUUAUGCAGAGACAGUUUUUCGCCACGCUGCAAAAACACUCUUUGGAAGAGAUAUCGAAGGUCCUAUUGAAUUUAAAACCUUGCGGAAUUCGGAUUUUCGUGAAGUAGUAUUAGAAGUGGAAGGCAAACCUGUGUUGAAAUUUGCACUUUGUUAUGGCUUCCGAAAUCUUCAGAAUGUUGUCAGGAAAAUUAAAAUCGGGAAAUGCGAUUACCACUUUAUUGAAGUUAUGGCAUGUCCUUCAGGCUGUCUUAAUGGAGGAGGGCAGAUAAAACCAAAGAAAGGUCAAUCAUCCAAAGAUCUUAUUCGACAAUUGGAGAAUAUAUAUAUGCAAGAUGUGUUAGUUGCUAAUCCUUUCGAUAACCCAAUUGCGAAGAGAUUAUACGAUGAGUGGCUUGGCGAGCCCGGUUCGGAGAAAGCCAAGAAAUACUUGCACACAGAAUACCAUCCGCUGGUUAAAAGCAUUGCCUCUCAGCUGCAUAACUGGUGAAACAGAUGAGUUUCUUUCAAGUCCCCAUUGCUUUCAGUGGAUUCAGUUGGCUCUCGAGCUGCUUUAACUAAAGGUGUCGAUAAAGUGGAAUAAAUUGAAGCUUGUGCCUAGCGAUCGACAAUGUAAUGUUAUCUACAAGCUUCCGCUAAAAAAAAAAAAAAGGAAAGGAAAGAAAAAAGGGGUUGAUAAUAGGAAAGAGGAUUGCUAACUACAGUUUUAUGAAUGGCGUAGAAUAUGAUAGUUCUUUCGUGUACUUAUUUUCAAUUUUGCUGUAAAAUGUACUGCAAUAAUUUUGUCUUCUUUGUAAGUAAAGGGAAAAAAAAAAAAAAAACAGAGCAUUCUUUUUUCUUUUCUUUUUUUUA